GGCGUGCGGAGCCUGGCGUCCGGGCGGCGGGAGCCGGGGUCCGUCUUGGAACCUGGAGGACGGCCGGAGGUGGCGGGACCCGGCGAGGCCGUGAUGAAGCCGGGCGGCGAGGACGAGGCGGCGCUCGCUGGGGGCCCCUGGGAAGAGUGCUUCGAGGCGGCCGUGCAGCUGGCGCUGCAGGCGGGACAGAUCAUCAGGAAAGCCUUGACGGAGGAGAAACGAGUCUCAACAAAAACAUCAGCCGUGGAUCUUGUGACAGAGACGGAUCACCUCGUGGAAAAUUUGAUUAUUUCUGAGUUGCGAAAGCGGUUUCCUUCCCACAGGUUCAUUGCAGAAGAAGCCACAGCCUCUGGGGCCAAGUGUGUGCUCACCCCGAGCCCGACGUGGAUCAUCGACCCCAUCGACGGCACCUGCAACUUCGUGCACAGGUUCCCCACUGUGGCCGUCAGCAUCGGGUUUGCUGUCCACCAAGAGCUGGAGUUCGGCGUGAUCUACCACUGCACAGAAGAGCGGCUGUACACGGGCCAGAGGGGCCGGGGCGCCUUCUGCAAUGGCCAGCAGCUCCGGGUCUCCAGGGAGACAGAUCUCUCGAAGGCCUUGGUCCUGACGGAAAUCGGCCCCAAGCGUGACCCUGCUACUCUGAGACUCUUCCUGAGCAACAUGGAGCGACUGCUGCACGCCAAGGCUCACGGGGUCCGAGUGAUUGGCAGCUCCACCCUGGCGCUCUGCCACCUGGCCUCAGGGGCCGCCGAUGCCUAUUACCAGUUUGGCCUGCACUGCUGGGACCUGGCAGCCGCCACAGUCAUCAUCAGAGAAGCAGGUGGCAUCGUGAUGGACACUUCAGGUGGACCCCUUGACCUCAUGUCGUGCAGAGUGGUCGCUGCUGGCACCCGGGAAUUGGCGAUGCUCAUCGCCCAAGCCUUACAGACUAUUGACUAUGGGCGGGAUGAUGAGAAUUGAGGGCACAGAUGGCAGCAUGGCCCAAGGGCCCGGGACAGAGCCUUCCUGGAGGCUGCCUGGGGGCCUGUACCCCAGGCCAGGCGUCUUCUCCCCAGGAAGGAGACUCGGAGCUAAAGUGGGUGGCUGGCGUGUUGAUCCACGUCUCUCGCAGGACUUGGUGUGUGGCUGGCUUCCUGCUUUAAUCCACAUAGCUUAUUCAGGUCGGUACAUGUUCUUCUGUCAGGGCUAAACCCGAAUCUCAGGAGAGACGAGUGGUGAUCCAGUCUUCCCUCCCCAGAAUGCAGACCUCAGGUGAUCUUCAGAAGUGCUGGUGGGAGCAGACUUGUUCUCAGGACUCCCUGCCCCAGCUUCUGCAGAAUGCAAUAAAUAAGAGUCACUGCA